AUGAUUCUGCAGAUGUUGGAGAAGAGGACAGCUUCUUGGGUCAGACUUCUGCCAGCCCCAAUCCACCACAGACUUUCAACUACUUCUCUCAAGUACCCAGCAGCAGUGAUCCCUUUGGAAGCAUUGGGCAGCCACCCUUAACAACUGCUGCAACACCCACUGGGGCACCAGCCUUCUCCAGGCCUCCAACUUCACUUCCAGUCGUGUCUGGGUCACAGGAUGGGCAAAAUGCCUUUUCACCACAUAUUCCUAAGUCCCAGUCUUACAGUGCACCUCCUACUUCCCAGGUGGGAAUGCCUCAGCAGAGCUGUCCCCCACCUGCAAACGCAUCUGCUGUUCCCCCAGGAACACCUCAGCAGGGAUAUAACCCAUACAGACACACCACCCUGAGCAGCAGAGCCAACCCCUACCUCACUCCACCACAGCUGCAACAGGGUUAUGCACCUGCUCACACACCUUCCUCUGUGCCACCUGUCCAGAUGUAUCAGACACCUCCAGGGCCACUCACACAGUUCCCACAGUCCCAAUCCCAGACCCAGCUCCAAGCUCCCAGGACUGCAGGUCCUCUGGUCCCAGCCCAUCCCGUCCUGCUGCAGAACCAAUAUGAACCAGUUCAGCCACACUGGUUCUACUGUAAGGAGGUGGAGGACAAACAACUCUGGAUGCCCUUCAGCAUUCUGGAUUCUGCAAAACUAGAGGAAGUCUAUAAUUCUGUCCAGCCUGACCCUGAGAGUGUGGUUCUGAGCACAGACGGGGGUCGCUACGACGUGUACCUGUAUGACAGGGUGAGAAAAGCUGUUUACUGGGAUGAAGAGCCUUCGGAAGUGAGACGAUGCCUGUGGUUUUAUAAAGGAGACAAGGACAGCAGGUUUAUUCCUUACACUGAGGAUUUUAGUGAAAAGUUAGAGGCAGAAUAUAAAAGGGCUGUAACUACAAAUCAGUGGCAUCGGCGACUCGAGUUCCCAAAUGGAGAGACAAUUGUUAUGCAUAAUCCCAAGGUGAUAGUUCAGUUCCAGCCUGCUGCCACACCAGAUGAAUGGGGCACCACUCAAGAUGGUCAGGCAAGACCAAGGGUGGUAAAACGUGGGAUUGAUGAUGACCAGGAUGAGAUCCCUGAUGGAGAAAUGUCCCAAAUUGACCACCUAGUAUUUAUGGUUCAUGGCAUAGGUCCUGUAUGUGACUUGAGGUUUAGAAGCAUUGUUGAAUGUGUUGACGAUUUUCGGAGUGUUUCCCUGAAGUUGUUGCAGACUCACUUUAAGAAGGGUUUAGAGGAACGUAAAGUGAGCAGGGUGGAAUUCCUGCCUGUUCAUUGGCACAGCUCUCUGCAUGGAGAUGCAACAGGUGUAGACAGGAACAUCAAGAAAAUCACUCUGCCCAGCAUUGGUCGCUUGAGGCACUUCACCAAUGAAACUCUCCUGGACAUCCUGUUCUACAACAGUCCCACCUACUGCCAGACCAUCGUGGAUAAAGUGGGGAUGGAGAUGAACCGACUGUACGCACUGUUCAUGAGCCGCAACCCCGACUUCAAGGGAGGAGUGUCUGUGGCUGGGCACAGCUUAGGUUCCUUAAUUCUGUUUGACAUACUGUCUAACCAGAAGGACUUGGCUUCAUCCGUAAAUGCUGGAGCAUUCUCUGGUGUUAAUGGGACUGUGAAGGAUGUGGCUGUUCAUGAUAAACAGAUGACUGAAGACACCAGUUCCUUGGGCUCCUCAAUUGCUACUUCUGGUGAUGACCUUUGUGAGCCUGAAGUAGAGGAUGAUGUUCCUACUUUGCAGAAGACCCUGGAAAUGCUCAGUUUGUCAGAGUACACAAGCACAUUUGAAAAGGAGCGAAUUGACAUGGAGUCUCUGCUCAUGUGUACAGUUGAUGACCUGAAGGAAAUGGGAAUACCUCUUGGGCCAAGAAAGAAAAUAGCUAAUUUUGUAAAGGACAGAGCAGCCAAGCAGGAACAAAAGAAAGCAGCAGCAGAAAAGAAAGCAGUGCUGGCUGCCACACUGCAGACUCAAGAAGAUGCCCAGAAAGUAAGGGAGACAGGAACUUCUGUCUCCUCUUCAGAGUCUGGUCAGCUGCACGCAAAGAGGAAGCUUCCUGUUGGAGCAUCUGUGUCUUCUGUGAACAUUGACUAUGAGUAUUUUGAAGUUGGAACUGGCCAGGUUUCUGUGGUUUACAGUGCAUUGGACUUUGAACCAGAUAUUUUCUUUGCUCUUGGCUCCCCUAUUGGAGUGUUCCUUACUGUGAGGGGUGUGGAGAAGAUUGAUGAGAACUACAGACUUCCUACCUGCAAGGGAUUCUUCAAUAUUUAUCACCCACUUGAUCCAGUGGCUUACAGGUUAGAACCGAUGAUCAUUGACGACACGGAUUUAAAACCAGUUCUCAUUCCACAUCAUAAAGGCAGAAAAAGACUUCAUCUGGAGUUGAAGGACUCUCUCUCCCGUAUGGGCUCUGACCUCAAACAAGGCUUUAUUAGCUCUUUGAAGAGUGCGUGGCAGACCCUUAAUGAAUUUGCACGUGCUCAUACAUCUUCAACUCAGCUACAGGCAGAACUGGAGAAAGUAGCUAACCAAAUUAAAGAGGAAGAAGAAAAGCAAGUGGUAGAAGCUGAGAAGAUCACUGAAAGCCCAGAGCCUCCAAAAGAUGAAGAUGUGUCAGUGAAGGUUGGAAUGCUGAAUGGAGGACGUCGUAUCGAUUAUGUUCUACAGGAGAAGCCAAUAGAAAGCUUCAAUGAAUACCUUUUUGCUCUGCAGAGUCAUUUGUGCUACUGGGGAUCUGAAGACACUGCCUUGCUGUUUCUCAAAGAAAUAUACAGGACUAUGAAUAUCCAUCCUGAACAGCCACAGCAUUGAUGUA